AUGGGUCCUGGCAAUCAGCUCCCAACCUCGUCACAAUUCAAGACCUCGAGCCGAACGAGUCAACAGCGCCAUGGGCAGUCUACUCCCCACGACAACCAGGGAACGCAAUCCGCACCCAUCACCAUCACCAUCUCUGAUGAGGAUGAGGAUGAGGCCCUCAAAGGGAGCCAACUGUCAGCCAAUACAGAUCAACUCAACAGCAGCCGGCCGUCAGCCGACAGAGAUCACCUCAACAGCAGCCGACCGUCUGCGGCUAGGGAUCAACUGCCAGCAGGACCGAGACAGGCUGAAAGAGAACCAACCGUGGUCAUAGAGCUUGAUAGCGACAGCGACGAAGAAAUCCCACAUCCUCGAAUCCAGCAGACUCCGCCGACUGCACCGGUAAGUCUUUCGCCCAGACAUCCAUAUACUUCUACGCCAACAACUGCACCCUCCCCAACUCUGAAUCGAGAAGAGGCGACAACGUCGGCCAUCCCUGCUUAUCGUUUCCUAUGGGACCGUAACGCCGCACCUCGAGGUUCAGAUCGACCCUUUCCGGAUAGAAGCAUAGCACAACCCGAAAGGUCCGUUGCGCCUCCAACAAGACCUCCGGGAUUCUGGAGUACGUUUAUGUCAACGACGCGUGGGACGCAACAACCCGUUGCUUCCCGCACGCCUCAGCCUCGCGCGCAAUCCCAGGCUCAAUCUCCGGCUCAACCUCCAGCUCAGCUUCUGGCUCAACCUCCCACGCAACCUCAGAUGCGACCACCAGCGCAAUCCCAAACCCAGCCCCAGGCACCACAGCCAGCGCGACCCUUUGCGCAGACCCACCCGACGUUGCCCCAGAUGCCGCAUUCAGAGCCAUCCCGAGCUCAAAUCCAGCCGGAAAAGCCACCACAAUCCCUACCCCAAUAUCACGCGCAGAGACUCCAACCAAGGGAUUCCCUUCCAUCGCAAAGUCCAGGUACCAAGUCGUAUGUGCCUCAGGGCUCGCACACCCACGGUACGCCAUCUGAAUGCCCACAGCCUCAAGGAGCGCAACCAACGUCAAUGAAUGGACCGUUCGCCACGAAUGCACCAACGGAGUCUACGACAAGGCCUUCGAGCGCUACAGGCACCACAUCCUUUUGGGCGGCAUUCAAGCAAUACUCACCUCCACAUGUAAAAUCCAGCCCAAAACAGGGACCCAGCGGCGCAAAGGCAUCAAGCUUUCCGGCGACUCCAAGGCCGGCGACCCCUGCUAUCGAGACGUCCAUUUGCGACAAUUGCGCUCGCGGCGAUCUCCCGUGUGACGGCGUUGUCCCGGUUUGCACGCUGUGCGCACAACAUGGAAUUGCAUGCUCUUACAAAAACGAGACGACGCCAACGCGGCCAUCCAAGUUGGUUGUAUCGAAGGUCCCUGGUCUUUCUGAAUCUCACCGGGUCGAAGCAGCAGAGGAGGCGGUCCCCAGGCACGUGCCUGCCUCCAAUCAUAGCACAGAAACUCACCUAGAUGGAAUUGGGCGUUCAGCUACAGGCGGGUCCACCAAUGCGAUUCCAGCCGCGGAUGACAACAUUGUCCUGCGCGCACCGCAUCCGCCACUCACGCGUCCAGAGAACCGAGUGGGCAAUACUGUCGCAGGACAGGCGCCCGAGUGUCUCGACUCAGAGUCUGACGCCAGUGGAGAUUACCAAUAUACCGACCGGAGAAGCGUGUCGUCUGUUGACACCUCCGGGCUUGGAGAACCAAUUGAGAUAGAUCUCACGCUGGAAGCCGUCACAAGUUUCAUGCAAGACCUUGACAAGGAAAUCCGCGCCUGGCACGAAACGAGCACCCAAGCCGAUUUGCGGCAGGCUACAAUUGAUGCGAGAAACAGCCCUGGGCCUAGACUCGACCGAACGUUACAGGACCCUUUCAAGGCGAUCACCGAGCAGCGCCGCUCGGCAGCGGGAGGCAAGAUUUCACAACAACCGUCACAGGGGAAGAAAACGUCCGUCAUUCGAGCGCCUGUAGGCUCCUUCCCGACGGGGGCAGUUCUGCUGCCAAAGUAUCAGGCCAUCGGCCGGGUUGGAUCAAGCAUCCUCGCGCCAAAUCGCAAGACCGCCAAGCAUUGGGCUUAUUCCGCCGAGGACGAGAACGACCCGGACUCGGACAAGAAGUACGACGACUUCGAAAAGCAUUACAUCAUCGACUUUGAAAGCCUCAAGGCUCAACAAAAGUGCCAGGAGCUGGUGUGGCGGUGGAAACCUUGGAUGGAAGAGACACUGGCCCGGAUCGGGCUGCGGAAUACCGACGUUCUCUACUUCUUCACCUACUUUGCUUUCGAGACUCGGCCGCAGGAUAGAUGGCAGCAAUGGGAAAGCUGCAGCACGUGUGACCUGGCGGACGUGGAGACUCGACGCAAUCAUUUUCGGAAAGAAACCUUCGACGCAUUGCCUCGUCCCGACGACCAGACUCUCCAACUGGCGGCGUUGGUGGCACGAGCCUUUCAUAACGUGGCCAACAUCAGCCUCUGGCACAUUGCCGUUGGUGGUCUUCUCCGGCCACAAUACCCAGACGACCAAGACGCGACGGCUCAACAAUCAAACCUCUGUCUGAUCUGCUUUCGCCAUCACUGUCCCGAUCAUGGCUCGUACGAGGAUCCCAAGGGGUAUAUCGCUGCCCAUGAAGGACAAUCUUUCAUCAACGACAGUGAGCAGGACUCCAAUAUUCGCAGAUAUGUGACCCUACCUGAUCGGGGCCGUCGAGACGAGGACAAAAGGCAUGUGUGUGGGGUGUUCUGUGUGGAGCCGUCGUUGAAUGUACGCGGAAUCCUAGGACGCCAAAGUGAUGGGACGGUCAAUGGGGAUUGUCGACCGCCGAAGGAACAAGUCAGGCACAUCCUAGCGGACGAUUACUUGUGCUGCCCUUCCUGUUUUUGGGAUGUAAACAACCGACGCGACAUCAAGGCGUCAGAUGUGAAAUUCCAGCCCUUCCUAUCGGCAUCGCAGAAGCUCUUGGUAGACAAGCUUAUGCCCUUCUACCUCAACAACCCGCGCGGCCCAUGCCUCAUCUCACGCGUCAUCAAGGAUGUGGACUGCCUGAUGGUUUUCCACCACAUGAUCUUUGCCAUAUUCGACACGCCUCAUCCCGAGGAGCUCUCGAGCAAUACAUUUGACGGUGGUGGGACCAAUCCACGUGACUCCGGUGCGGUGGGAAAGAAGGGAAAGCCACUGACGGUGAGCGAAACUGCAAAAAGCGCAGACCUGGUCAACCGGCCGCCCUUCCGACCGUGUUUUCAUGCAGGGCCUUGUCUCAACAACCCUGCGUGUACCUGUGCCGAGAGCAAGGUCCAUUGUGAACGGUUUUGUGGGUGCGACCAAUCCUGCAAACGACGUUUCCGCGGUUGCAUUUGCAAGGCCGGCGGCGCCAAGGUGUGCUUUGAAGAUAGCCGAUGUGAGUGCUGGAUCCACAACCGUGAAUGUGAUCCUCAUCUUUGUGGCAAAUGCGGCGUCGUCGACGUCCUCGACUCCUCAAACAAAUACCGGGACGAGAUUCGGACGGGCCGCUGCAGGAACAACCGCAUCCAAUUGGGCUUGCCGGCUCCCACGACCAGAGCACCGAGCCAGGUCCAAGGCUACGGACUGUACAGUCGAGCGGAGAUUUCCAUGGGCGAUUUCAUCGGCGAGUACACCGGUGAGAUCAUCAGCAGAUCCGAGGCAGACCGGAGAGGGACGAUCUACCAGUUGAUCAACCAAGAGUACCUGUUCAACCUCAACCGGGAGCAGGAAAUCGAUGCCUCCAAACACGGCAACAAGAUGCGGUUCAUGAACAAUUCUCAAAAGGAAGAGAAUAUCAACGUGGUGGCGAAGAGCUUCUUUUGCAGCGGCCUGAUCCGCAUCGGGCUCUUUGCAAAACGCGACAUCCGAGCCGGUGCAGAAUUGCUGUGGCAGUAUGGCUAUUCGGCCGAGCGGGUCAAGUUCUUCUGGGAGCCCGGAGAAAAGCCCGUCACUGCCAGAGCGUUGAUCCCCUUCUCCAACGAACGCGUGGCCAGAACCGCCGGCAAGAACAAGCCGGCCGGUGGGGAGACCCUACGAAGGGCCCAGGACAAGAGCACCCCGUCUCCCACGGUGCAUCGGGGCCAAAAGCGCAAAAGACAAAUAAGCGAAAGCCCCGAGCAAGACCUCGGCGAGACCGUCGCAGACAGUUCCGAAGAACUGGAUGCGGAUGUGGAUGUGGAUGUAGAUGUGGAUGUAGACAAGGAAUCCUCGGCCGACUCACCGCUCCAAGUGCCAGAGACAGACGACUCGGCCGACUCGGAUUACGUCGAACCCAACGGUCGCGUCUUUGAGGAGGGUGAUACUGACGACGACGACGGCGGCGGCGGCGGCGUGAAAUCAGACGAAGAGGAGGCCGAGGCCGACACCGACGCCGUACCGCCCACGACCGGUUUGAAGCGCGGUAUUCCACGGACCCGUACUGAUGCUGCUGCUGCCAACGGCGCCGAAUCUCCUCGAUCACAGGGCAGGGCCAAGGGCAGGAGCAAGGCCAAGGCCAAGGGCAAGGGCAACCCUGAGCAGCGCCAGCGUCCAGCAGCAUCCGCGGAUACAGCAACGUCGACCCAUGACGACGACGCUCAGAGCGGUACCCGUAGUCGUGGUCGAAGCGAUGCAAACUCAACAACGACGGGUCCGUCCCACUAUGAGACCGACCAUCGCCGCAGGCCACUCCGACCCAAUGACAAGAGACUGGGAGGCAGAUCGCAACAACGGGCGUGGGAGACGAGGAAGCGGAACAAUGCCAUGGCGCACGGUGCGAGGUAG